AUCACAAAAAAUUGCAGAAAGAAAAAAACAUACUGUAAUAUUUUUAUGAGAAUAUGCGAUUAUAUGUCAGAACUAUGAAAGGGAAAGCAGUGCAUCAAAAGGGACACAAAAAAAGGCCUCCUCGGGGAGGAUACAUGCUUUUAUUGUGAAGGGGCGGCUUUGUCCUUCCUGUGUGUGUGUGUUGCGGGUGGAGGAGUGGAUAAAGCAGCGAUGUUCCUGCUGGUGGCCGAUCAGAGCUGACGGCCGGAGGGAGCGGAGCAGGAACUGACCAGCUCUCCGCGAUGUGGGUCAGCGUCCAGCCCCUGGACGCCCGGGGCCAGCGGCAGCUCAAGUCCCUGCUGCUCAUUUACCUCUUCGUCGUGAGCGCAGCCGGUGACUGUCCUAGUCCAGAUGUGGGAGAAAGCGUGGUCAUGUCCACUGAGUCACAACUGAUCAACGAUUUCACCGAAAAUGUCCAGGUCACUUUGGAGUGUGCCUUUGGAUAUAGGGCAGAAAGCGGUUCGGGAACCAUGACCUGUAUUGGGGACAAAUGGACUGACUCGGAUUUGAUCUGCGAGAAGAACGACUGCGGACUCCCCUUACCCCAGCCACACAUGAACUAUAACAUCAGCGAGGGUACUCUGUUUGGGGCCAAAGUUAAAGUCACUUGUGACAAAGGUUACAUGAUUUCUGGACCAAGCUUCAAGCAGUGCUUUGCUGAGGGGUGGUUUGGACGCACAAAAUGUCUCAUUGUUAUGUGCAAACAAGCACCGACUGUGGCAAAUGGCAAGAACUUAUGGAGUGCUCCAGUCAACCCGACAUAUGGAGCAGUGGUAGAAUACAGAUGUGAUGAUGGGUACACCCUCACGGGGAGUCCCACUAUCACGUGCGGUGAAAAUGGUGAAUACAGCUCAUACCCUCCGCUGUGCACA